UCUAACCUCACAUGGUUGUUGUGUAUUUUAUGUUUUAGAAUUUUAUAAAUAUGAGAAACCUAAACUUGUGGCAGGUUUCGGUUAAAAACAUCGAUAUCCAAACUGAAGAAAAAUUUUCUUCGUGUUAUGGCCAUUACGAUGACUGCGCCAAGGGCGAACUGUACGUGUGUACAUCUAACCUAUCGGUUUUCAAUUUUGACGACAACGGCGUUGUAAAAUGGACCGCAGACCUUUCAGAGAUCGUGCCUAUACAAACUCGACCUGUGAAUAUAUCGUUUCUGUCGCUAUCGAAUUCACUUAACGUUGGACUAGCCAGUGGUGAGCUUAUAACAGUUGCUGACUUUGGAAAGAACUGCGAUGUAGUAGGUGUGUGUGAAGAUGGAUUAUUGGCUAUGGAAUGGAGUCCGGAUCAAGAGAUAUUAAUCUUGGUGACUAAAACAUUAAAAGUUAUUGUGAUGUCAUGCACUUUUGAUCCAAUAAGUGAAACAUAUCUGCUGAGUGAUGAAUUUGGAGAAAAAGAGUUUAUAAACGUAGGUUGGGGAAAAAAAGAGACCCAAUUUCAUGGAUCAGAAGGAAAGCAAGCUGCCAAAGCUAAGACUUCUGACAUUGAAGAUGCACCAGUCACCGAUGAGAGAGUUAAAAUAUCAUGGAGGGGAGAUGGGAACUUGUUUGGUGUUGGAUAUAAUGCCAAUGGUAGAAGGAAGUUCAAAGUUUUUGACAGAGAUGGGAACCUGCAGAGUACCAGUGAAAAUGUACUGGGUCUUGAGUCAAAUCUGAGCUGGAGACCCAGUGGUAGCCUCAUUGCCGCUACACAAAAACUACAAGAGAAAUAUACCGUCUCCUUCUUUGAAAAAAAUGGGUUAAAACAUAGAGAGUUUACCUUACCAGUCAACUCUACAACAACAGUUAAAGAACUUUUGUGGACUACAGAUUCCGAAAUAUUAAUAGUACAAUGCAGGGAUGAGGCAGCUAACUUGGAUAUUGUAUUCCUCUACACUAGAAGAAAUUAUUAUUGGUAUCUGAAGCAAACUCUGUGUUUCAAGAGUACCCAAAAGAUAAACGAAAUUAUAUGUGAAAGCGACUUUGAUACUGCCAAUGAGAAGAGAAUCCAUGUGCUGUGUCAAAAUGGUGAAUGCUACUCCUAUGCUUGGAAUUGGGAUGUCGAUCACAGUGUAGGCAAGUCAUAUGAUGAUGAUGCAGUAGUCGCAGAAAUAGAUGAGAAGAAGGUGCUCGUCACAGGUUUCAGACAAACAGUAGUGCCACCACCUAUGUCUAAUAUUGAACUAGAGUUUGCCAACAAUAUCAACUCUAUACACUUUAUCUCAGAUAACACUACAGAUUCAAAUUCAUUUAUAGUAUCACAUGGCAACAAACUAGCAAUUGUAGAGCAGAAACAAAAGAAACCUUUAGAAUAUGUUGUUACUAAAGAAUUAGAUAUUGAUGAGUAUCAGUAUCCCUUCCAACAUUACAAUUGGUAUUGGCUUAAUAAUGAUACUUUAUUGUCUAUGUCAGUUGAUGGACAAAAUGUUUAUACACUCAAUCAGUAUGUUAUAAAUAGUGAUAAAUUAUUACUAAAAAGAGGUACUAAACUACCAUCACCUAUUGCAAAAAUUCGAAAACAUCCUACAGAUUUAUAUAGCGCAGUACUGCAAUAUACAUCUGGGGAAAUAGCUGUGUAUAAGUAUGAUGAUAAGGGAGCAUCAUUAGAAAGCUACCAUGAUACUUUACCAGCCGCAUGUCCUGAUUUUGAUGUGGUGUCCAUUGAUGGAGAAACAACAAUAAUUGGAUUGUCUCACAAAGGUUGUCUUUAUAUUAACAAAAAGUUAGUAUUGAAUAAUGUUAAUUCAUAUUAUGUUCACACACAAUAUCUAUUAAUCACAACACUUAAGCAUCUUUUAAUUUGUGUUGAACUUUCCAAAUUUGGUAUAAGUGAUUUGGAAGCAUAUGAAAGAAAUGAGACAUCCAGCUCAGUCUAUAAAAGAAAAGUCGAAAGAGGGUCUAAGCUAGUCAUUGCUGUUCCAAAUGACACAAGAACUAUUUUCCAAAUGCCCAGAGGAAACUUAUAA